GAAUACGACAGUUGAGUUAGAUUAGCGUGUAUGUCGACUAAAAAACAUGCGCGGUCAGCUUAACUGAUGCACCAUCAACAAAAACAGCUGACGCAAAGAUGUAACAUUUACUAAAGUCGUUACACUACAAAUCCACCUCAGCAGGUAGUACAAUUCAUGGUAGAAUAGUAGUACAAUAGUAGUACUUAGUACAAUGAGGCACUUAAGCAGCAGUAUUAAACCUUUUGCUGAUAUUCCUGGUCCUAAAUCAUUGCCUUUUAUUGGUACACUAUACAAAUAUCUACCAAUAAUUGGACCAUAUAGUUUUGAUAAGUUGCACAUUAAUGGAUUAAAGAAACUCAACAAAUAUGGCCCAAUUGUUAAGGAGGAAAUUGUUCCUGGAGUCAAUAUUGUGUGGUUGUUUAAACCAGAGGAUAUUGAAACCAUGUUCAGAUAUGAGGGCAAGUAUCCACAGCGUAGAAGUCACUUAGCUUUAGAAAAGUACAGACUUGAUAGACCUACUGUUUAUAAUACUGGUGGCCUUUUACCUACUAAUGGUGAAACAUGGUACAAGUUGAGAAAAGUAUUUCAAAAAGGUCUGAGUAGUCCAGUUGCUGUGCAACAUUUUAUAAAACCAUCUGAUGAUGUUAUCCAAGAAUGGUUUGAAAGAUUAGAUCAUAUUCAUUCGAAGAAACCACAACCCAAAAACUACGAUUAUCUACCCGAAUUAGCACGACUAUUUCUAGAAAUAACUGGUCUAUCAGCACUAGAUUUACGCUUGAAUAGCUUUUCUCGUGAUGAAUUACAUUCCAGCUCACGUUCUUCCAAGUUGAUGAAAGCCGCGCUGACCACAAAUAGUUGCAUAUUGAAAACAGACAACGGUCCUCAACUAUGGAGGAAAUUUGAAACGCCUCUGUACCGAAAAUUAAAACAUGCGCAGAAUUUUAUGGAAGAUACCGCAAUUGACUUAUUGUCGCUAAAAAUGUCCCUGUUUGAUGAAACUAAGCAUCAAACUACUUUGUUAGAAAACUACCUCGCGUCGCCUGAAUUGGAUUUCAAGGACAUCAUCGGGAUGGUUUGUGACAUUCUGUUGGCAGGAAUAGACACCACGACUUACACAACAAGUUUCUUGUUGUACAACAUCGCAAAAAAUCCUCACGUACAAAAUAUAAUCUAUGAUGAAUCUCUUAAAUUGCUCCCAACGCCAUCAUCACCUGUCACAAUCGAAGUAUUAAACAAUGCAUUUUACACGAAAGCCGUACUUAAAGAAAGUUUGCGAUUACGGCCGAUUUCUAUCGGUAUAGGACGUAUCUUACAGGAAAAAGGAGUGUUUUCAAACUACGAAGUUCCGGAAGGGACUGUGGUAGUAAGUCAGAAUCAAGUCUCAUGUCGUCUCAACGAGAAUUUUCCAGUUGCGCACGAGUUUAAACCGGAAAGGUGGAUGAAAGAUCAUGCAUUGUACAAACCCUCACAUCCAUUUCUUUUAAUUCCCUUUGGGCAUGGACCGAGAUCGUGCAUUGCGCGAAGAUUGGCUGAACAGAGCAUGCAAAUAUUGAUUUUAAAGUUAAUAAGGAAUUACAAGGUCAGGUGGGUCGGGGAUAAGCUGGAUUCCAAGUCGGUGUUGAUCAACCAACCAGAUGGACCAAUUAAUUUACAGUUUGAAAAGAGGAUAUGAAUUUUAUGAUAUGAAUCAAUUAAAUGAUUAAUCUUGUAGGGAAUUCCCUUAAUGUUAAUACCCCAUGAAUCAUCUCAAUAAAAAGUUUCAUGUUUUGUUUCCGUAUCUGAAUAAUGUUUGUUAAUUUAAAUAAAAGUGAUUGGUGUAGUA